AUGUGUACACUCCGAUAUUUUAUAGUGAUUGAAGGAGAACGUACUAAAUGUCAUUGUUUCAUAACUGGUCAACCAAAUCCAACAAUACGUUGGUUAUAUAAUUGUGUACCAUUAGAUAUUGUAUUUAAUAAAAGAAAAUAUUCAUUACAAUUAUUAUCAAAUGGUAAAGUAACAUUAACUAUUGAAGAUUGGUCACAAGAAGCUGCUGGUGAAAUAAUAAUUAUUGUAGAAAAUCGUGCUGAUUUAAUACAAUGUUCAGCAGUGCUAAACUGUUGA